CACUUACAGCCAACCGCGUAAGUUCAAAACAGCUUGAUUCAAAAAAACUAGCAGAAAUGGCGUCAAGGGGAAAGUCGUUAAAACACCGACAGAGAUUUGUAAAUACAACGUUUGAGUCCAGUAUAGACUCCACUGCCGUCGAAGAAAAGUUGUUUGGCCAAGCGGAGGAGGACGAGGACGUGGACGUGGACGACGGACCUGUGGUCUUCAUCUGCGGGAAGUGCAAGUUGCCUGUUGGUGAUUCAAUGUCCUGGGAUGGAAGUGAAGACGGCCAAAACCAAAUCAGAUUGAAGCGGGUGACUGACAACGUCGUGGUUGGAGCAGACACUCGCCUGCAUGAAGCGAGUAAACGAUCUCUCUGUCUGAUCGUGGAUCUAUUCUGCCGAGGCUGCCACUCUGUGCUUGGCAUGGUUUAUGCAUCCACACCUAAGAACCUGGACCACAAGAGAUUUGCUUUCUGUUUUAGUGUUAAAGACAUUGACAGCUAUGUGCUCGGCUCUGCAAGCCAGAUGUUGACAGCAGAGGGCCCCAAAGAGCAGCCAGUCACACUGGAGUACAGAGGCAUUGUUGAACAACAGCUGACAGAGAUGAAAAUGCUGGUCAUGUCCAUGGCACAGAGGCUGGAAGAGAUCGACGCUGGCCUUCAGGAGGGAUGCGAUGUGGAAUGAGAGUGAUGAACGUCAACUUAUCUGGAUGGAUGCUUUGUCCAGGUGUUGAACGAGACUCCUCGCCCAUACCUUUUACAUUAAUGCUUCCUCCUCUAAAUUUCAUCUCAACCACAGUCCCUCAGUAAUACGUUUUGUCCUAGCUUCACCUUGUGCGCACAUACAUACACACACACACACACAGCUUCCAGUCCGCUUUGUCCUGAUUACCGAUGGUGAAACAAAGACUGCCUGCACAUAUAAUCAAUCAUGUUUUCAGCUCGGCUCCUGUGGCUCAUGGCACCAUCUCUUCUCUGCGUGUCUCAGUGCAGAGUGGAUGUACGCUGUGAGCAGAAUGUUUAUUUGUGCAGGAUUUCAUCAGGCAGGCUGCACACUCAGCACAAUGCCGUAUUGAUCUGGCCACUUGAGGCCACUCACACACUCUUUGUUCCUCUCUUCCUGAAGCGUAGAGCCUUGAAGGAGUUCUGUAUAUAUGCUUUUCAUCGCCUUGAUCGGGUUUCAAGUGAACAACAAUUGAUAAAUUUGUAUUGAAAAAGACACAUUUUAAUAUUGGCUGCAUCUGUUAGGCACAUCAUUGGCUACCUUUUCAAUAAGAAAUGAUCUAAAGACUUUUCUAUCUUUUUCAAAUAUUGCCAGAAUCUUCUCAAAGGACAGUAGUUUGCGUCCUUAAUUUGUUAUUAUAUGGACUAUGGUUUUGUGUAUUGUUUUGUUUGUAGUUGUACUUGCUUGUUUUGUCUUAAGUAUUGUUCUGUAAUAAAGUAUUCAACUAUCCAAAAA